CUAUAAUUCUGAUAAUGCAGAGAUCGGGGUAAUCGUGUCGGAUCAAUAAUACUCCGUCGAAUAUCUCUCCGAGCUGAUAAUCUGAAGACAUAUUUCAUAACAAUGUAGACUGUAUUAUUUUUUUUGCGUAAUAAAACUUCAAUUUACGCAUCUCUUAUAAAUGAUGUAUGCGGAAUUUUUCCGAAUUGGUAAUGUCGCCUGUGCGCUAUCACUCGCAAACCACUUUUCCUGCUCGUAAGAACCUCAGCAGCAAAAAAAAAAAAAAUACGAGGAGAAGUUGAGGUUGAACGAAUCAAGUGGUAAGGGAUACUCUGGUGGAAGAUUAACGUCGACCAUAUUCGUUCAUCGUUGUCAUUCGUAAUUUGAAUGUUGCCACUGGAACUCCAAGGAAAUGAGGGACAUGACUGUUCGAGUUGUUUUUUGGCCCGUGCUGAUGACAACAACAUGGAUCGGAAUCUCUUCGGUACGUACCCAUACAGUGAAUGGUACAGAGGCGUGCUACAUAAAAAUAAGCAAUACAAAAGUCCGUUUAAUCCCAUAUGACGAAGUCUAUCAGGAAACAUGUUGGAUCUUCUUCGGCUGCAUCGCCUUUCGGACGAGCUAUAUUCGCCAGACUUAUACGGAAUUUAGGCUGAAGAACGUAUCAUGCAGUGGCGAAACUUCGCGAAAAUCAAAUAAAGACCUUCGUACUUGCGACUGCGAUCAGCCGCGGGGUGAAUGUGAUUCGAUAUGCGAACACAGAGACUUGUACGACAACUUGGAGGUCAACAAGCUUCUCCACUACUGCUCGAAAGGGUACAGCCUCAAUGUUAACAGAGAAGAAUGCGAACCUGUUUGCGCCACCAGCUGCUCAAACGGAUGGUGCCAAGAGCCAAACGUCUGCGCUUGCGAAUAUAACUUUGGUAAUAAUGGAAUCGAAUGUGUGCACGUAGAAAGAUCAGCUUGCGUUCACGGAUAUAGAGCCUGCAAAUCCCAGUCCGAUGGUAAAGAAAUUGAACGUGGACUAACGCAGAGACAACCUUGCGAUUAUGGAUACGAUGAAUGCAAAUGUCACUUCGGUUGGGUAGGAGAUUUCUGCGAGACACCGAGUCAUUGCUUAGUCGCCAAGUUUCCCCUUUCCGACCAGUCUCCAGAGUUUGAGGCACAUUUGACCGGAAGGAGUCAGAAACCCUUAAGCGAGGUUACUUGGCCUGCUGAACUCGAAAAAUUGCGGAUCUUACCUGCUUGCAGUCAAAAAUGCCCCGAGCAACUUUACCACGAAAGUGACGCAUUUUUUCAUGAUAAUAACUUGAACGUGACUUUCUACGUAGUUCCAAACGAGGUGCGGUGCAAAUCAAUUAAAAGGCACGGCAACAACUUUUCUAACGAAUUCAGUAACGUACUGCUGGGAACAUUGCUUGGAUUCACAUCUUUGACAAUAUUAUACUUCGUCGUAAUUUCUGUCCGCAAAACAUGGAAAGCGAAAUGCACACCGUACCACCGCAGCCUAUCGCCUGUGUAUGACGACAUCGGAUAACUCAAAAUACGUGGUAUCAAAGCGAAGCCUCUUCAAUCGCAAGUCAAUUUUUGAGAACUGACCUUUAACAAUGAAAUACGAAAUCGCUACCAAAAGAUAGAUCGUGUAAUUGUAAUUAAACGAAUCAUCAUCAUCAUCAUCAUCACCAUCAUCAUCCUCACUGUCAAUUCUCCGUAUCCGAAUCCCUGCAGCGCAAAACUUGCCAAUAGUAUAGGUCUGAGCGCGCUACUUUUGUCACGUCUUAUUUAUUACUUGUAGCCAAUAAUAAAGUAGAAAAAAAAUGUCAAGUAGAUGCAUAUUACCCGUGAUACUCCUGUCCAGC